CUCCGCCCACUUUGUGGACACAAAACGAAGUCGGGAGGAUCUUCGAAAAAUCCGACAGUGAACAGCAAAGCGCGGUGCGAGGUCUCACUUCAAAAUGGGAUACGGAAGUUAUUAAAUUUAAUCCGCAGUCUGAACACAUGGUUACCUUCUGGAUAUCCGGACGACUUUAAGUAAAGUUAGGGUACAGUAGAUUGAGAAAAUAUUUCCGGACGGCAUGUUCGAUUUUUGACAGCUUCAGUAGUAAGUGUGUGUCCAAGAGGGUCAUGGAGGGUAACUGUCCAGAGGGAAGGACCUGUGCUACAGAAUCCCCAACACCUCCUCUCCAGUCAGAUGUCACUACUGUGGAUUAUGAUGUAGUGAAGAGCCCAGAUGUACACACUGUGGGUAAUCAUGUCACUAUAGUGAAGGGCCCAGAUCUGCCAGUUGUGGAUUAUGAUGUCACUAUAGUGAAGAGCCCAGAUCUGCCCGCUGUGGAUUAUGAUGUCACUGUGGUGGCGAGCCCACACCCACCCACUUUGCAUGAUGGUGUCACAGUGGUGGAGAGCCCAGAACUGGCCGCUGUACAUCGUGAUGAUGUCACCAGGACGGAGCACUCAGACCCAUGCACUGCAAACAAUGAUGUCACUUUGCUGGGGAGCCCAGGCCAGGUCACGACAAAGGGCUUGGCCCCUCUAACCCUGGACCAGAAGUCGGGGGGUGCUCCGCAAGUGGGCACCCCUCCGAGGGGUGAGCAGCCGCCCAUCUCCACCAAACUGUGUGGGUAUCUGCAGAAGAUGGGUGGCCCGCUGAAGAGCUGGAAGUCCCGCUGGUUCACUUACGAGGACAGGAAGUGCCAGCUUUUCUAUUACAGGACUGCGCAGGACGUGAACCCCCUGGGCCGCAUUGAGCUCGCCGACGCCACCUUCGGCUACCCGCUGCAGGCGGACGAGGGCACCUUCCACAUUCAAACCCCAGAGCGAACUUUCAUCCUCAAGGCACUGAACCGCGAGGCCAUGAUGUAUUGGCUGCAGCAGCUGCAGCUGAAGCGGUGGCAACACAGGGGCGAGGCCGGACAGUCUGCGCAGCCCUGCGCAGACAUGCGCAAGGAGGGCGCGGACCGGGGCAUGGUCUACUGCACAGAUGACUUCCUGCCCACAGUGAAAACCCCGACUGGGCUGGUCGGGGAGGAGGCCGCCAGGCAGCCAGCGCCACGGCAACACGCCACCCUUACCAACGUCUCCUUCAAGCACCCUCUGACAGAGAUUCAGAACUCUGUGCACAGUCUGCGUUGGAGCCGUUCCUCCCAGGAGCUGAGCCGCAGUGUGUUCCACUGGGACCUGUCCCAGGAACCCGCAGCCCCCACCUCUGUCCCGGACACCCCCGCACAGGGGGGCCUGGACGCUUCCGGUAGGCCCGAGUGCUCCCCCAAGCCACACCCCCGGAAGAAGAGCGGGAUGUCGGCCACCAUGCCCGCGGACCGCAAGGAGGCCAGUGCCGCAGACAGGACGUCCCGUCUCCGGCAGGAAGUGCUCACGCUGGCCGAGGAGGUCAAGGCACAGAAGGAGCUGGUGUGCCUGCUGCACAGGGCCCUGGAGGAGGCGCAGCGGGAGAAGCGGGCGUGCUCGCGCUUCCUGUCGGCCGAGGGCGAGCUGGAGCGCCUGGAGCUGCUGCGGCACGGCGAGCGGCGGGCCGCCGAGCUGGAGGCGCGGGCGGAGGCGCUGCGCUGCCAGCGGGAGGCGCUGCGGCGGAGCCUGGCCGAGCGCGACGCCCGGGUGGCCGAGCUGCAGGAGCACGCGCGGCUGAUGGCGGAGAAGAACCGCGCCAAGCAGGAGGUGGUGCUGCGGCUGUCAGAGCAGCUGACCGUCUGCGCGGACGACCCGCGCCGCGCCGUCUCCAACAGCAUGGGCGCCGCCACCUUCCGCCAGCUGCAGGAGGAGAUCGAGAACCUCAAGGACGACAUAGAGGCCUACAAGAUGCAGAACAAGUUCCUCAACUCCGAGAUCUACCAGCUGACCAGGCUGUGGAGGAACAGCUCGGAGCAGGAGAAGAGUCUGAUGAUGAAGUGCGCUUACCUGGAGGCCAAGAACUGCCAGACGGAGAGCCGCUACCUGGGGGUGCUCCGGGACCUGCAGGAGAGCAAGGGCCUGGACGGCAAGCAGCAGGAGGCGGUCAAGAGGCUGAUCCAGGAGGCGCUGCAGGCCGACAUGAAGGACACCCUCAAACUCGACCCCGUCAGGGAGUAUGACGAGUAUGGCUUCAAGAUGGUCCCGGACUUCGAGGUGGAGGACGUGAAGCUGCUCGCCAAGAUCCAGGCCCUGGAGAUCCGCACCCACAACCUGCUGCGGCGGGAGGCCGGGGACAAGGCCCUGCUGGGCCGCUGGGCGCAGCACCUGGCCGGGCGGCCGUCGGGCGAGCUGACGCCCUCGCCCGAGCUGAAGGGCCUGCUGCGGGCCGGGGUGCCCCAGGAGUACCGGCGCGAGGUGUGGCGCUGGGUGACGCGGGCGCGCACCCGCACCAUCCGGGACCGCCACCCGAGCCGGUACCAGGAGCUGAGCCGCAAGGCGCAGGCCUGCCCACACCCGGCCUCCCGGCAGAUCCAGCUGGACCUGCACCGCACCCUCACCAGCAACCAGCGCUUCGCCUCGCCCUCCGGCCCUGCCGUGCAGCAGCUGCACCGCAUCCUGCUGGCCUUCUCCUGGCAGAACCCCGCCGUCGGCUACUGCCAGGGCCUCAACAGGCUGGCCGCCAUCGCCCUGCUGGUUCUGCAGAACGAGGAGGACGCUUUCUGGUGCCUGGUGGCGGUGGUGGACACCAUAAUGCCACAGGACUACUACAGCAAGACCCUCACUGCCUCCCAGGCGGACCAGCGGGUGCUGAAGGACUUCAUGGCGGAGAAGCUGCCCCGCCUCACCGCCCACUUCGAGGAGCUCCAGGUGGACGUGUCGCUCAUCACCUUCAACUGGUUCAUGGUGGUGUUCGUGGAGAGCCUGGCCAGCAACAUCCUGCUGCAAGUGUGGGACGCCUUCCUGUACGAGGGCACCAAGGUGCUAUUUCGAUAUGCACUGGCCCUCUUCAAAUACAAAGAGGAGGACUUCCUAAAGAUCCGAGAUAAGGUGGAGAUGUACCAGUAUCUACGGUUCUUCACCAAAACCGUCUCAGAUAGCAGGAAGCUGAUGAGCAUCGCCUUUAACGACAUGAACCCGUUCCCCAUGAGGCAGGUGCAGGGGCGGCGUGCCCUGCACCUGGAGCGUCUGCGGGCGGAGCUGCGGGACCUGGAGAGGAUCCAGAGGGAGUUUGUCACCGAGAGCGCCGAGCGGAAGGACAAGGACCUGGACACCGCUGUCAGCGAGGACGAGGACGACCCCUAGGCAGGAG